UAGAAACACAUUUCUCUGGGUUCAACUUCCAUGGCAGAUCAUUAAUGAGGUACAGCUGAGAAAGCAAACUACUUUCUCUUAUUCACCAUUUCACACUUUACUAUCUAUCCUUUUAUUCAUUUUAACUCUUUUUUCUAACCCUAACUUACUAUUCCUCCAACCAUAACCCUAACCCUAAUUCCCUUUUUGCACCUUCAUAUUCUCUCGGUUCACCCAUGGCGGAUUGGUCUCAGCUUCCAAAAGAUCUUCUGCAAUUAAUAUCCCAAAAACUCAACAAUCAUUUCUACAUUCUUCGUUUUCGUUCUGUCUGUUCCACAUGGCGACUUUCCAUACCUAAACCUCACAACCAUUUCCCGUUGAAACUCCCGCACUUUUCCCGUCGCAACAAACUAUACAAUCACAUCAUAUUUCUCAUCAAACCACCCGCAACACCAAACCAACAAUCUCUCUACCGCCCUUGGUUGGUCAGAAUUAGUCCAACUUCAUCCGGAAAAUUUAACCUAUGGCACCCCCUUGGAGUACAUUAUAUUACACAAUUACCUUCUGAUCUGCGCGUGCUCGACUUCAACCAACUCUCUGUCUUUAAUAUCGAAGAGAUUUAUAUUCGCGGAGAGUCAUAUCCAAAUUCAUCUACCACUAGAUUUUAUCAUUAUGAUCGCUCUCUUGCAACGUUUCAGAGGGAACAGAUUCUGGAUAUUGUCACAAGCCAUAGAAACUCCAAGGAGAUGGUGAUGUUCCGUUGCGGAGGCAAUGGUUUGACUAAGAUCCCCAAUGUGUCAAGCUUCUACCAAGGCAUGUGCAUUUUUAAAGGUCGGCCUUGUGUAACAUACCAAAAUGGUCGGACUGUGAUGAUUGGAUCAGAUUUGAGCGUUGAUUUGGUGGCUGAGCCUGUGUUUGGUGACGAACUCAAUGGUGACAUUUACAUAAUGGUGGAAAAUGAGUCUGAGUUGUUGCUUGUUCACAACUAUGAAGAAGAUUAUGAUAGUGAUGAUGAUUAUGAUGAAUAUGAGCCUAUUGAUGUGUUUAGGCUUGACCAGAAAGAGAAAAAGUGGCUGAAGUUGGAAAAUUUAGGGGAUACGGUUUUGUUUUUGGGACAAGGCUAUUCGUUUGCUAUAUCCGCGUCGGAUUUGGGUUUGGACAAUGGGAAUUUUGUGAUUUAUUGUAACUAUAAUCAUAACGAAAUCAGGGUUUUUCCCUUGGAUCAACACCGGACUUUUCUUUUGUCCGAUUAUCCAGAUUAUUUCAAGUUGUUCUGGCCACCUCCGGAGUGGAUCGCCAGUAGGUGUAUGUAACAAAGUAAGGUUUUGAAGAGUUUAAUCAAUCUUUAGGUUGCUUUGGUCUCUGAUAAGAAUCAUGUAAUCGUGUUGUAGCAUAUGGAAAAGAAUUGUGCAUCUAUGGUUCAAUCAAGUUACUCAUAAGUAAACAUAGAGUGACUAUUGUGAAUAUUCUUAUCAGCACAAAUUAUGAACUUGGUAUCUGUAUUA